AAGAGAAACUCAUACGACGGCCGUACGACCGUCAGCCGACAAGUCUAUCUAUCUAUGCUCUAUGGGAUUGCGAAUUAAAAUAAAAUCAAAGUUCCAAAGUUAAUCAGACAAUAUGUAUUCAGUUGUUGUUCCCGUGGUUGUUAGAACAUCUAACUCGAAGGACCACCAGGCGGAUCUUGAUCGCAGUGUCUUAAAACGUUUGGCAAAGGAAAAGUACGACGGCCGAAUUAACAAAGCGUUCCUCCCCGAAGUGGAAUACAUUCCCCCGGGUGUGGUGCCAGAAGAGCCAGUGAUUACUUCAAAAGAGAUUCGAAAUCCUCGCGACCAAGAGAAGAUGGACAUGGCAGAAGUUGUUCAGACGAUAAGGCAAACGCGAAAGGCACUCUCAUUGUGGAAAGCUUUGAAGGUUUACAGUGAAAAAAGCAGUGUUAUUGGCCUUAGCUAUAUAGCAGACACCAACUCAAAGACAUCUAGAAAAUUCUGUUGGCUGUCUUUGCUUAUUUUCGGGUUGAUCAUGCUUACCAUACAACUUUGGGUUGGUGUUGAGCAUCUCAUGUCACGCCCCAUACUCUCUGUCGUCAAGGUGGUCUAUGAGCCCAGCCUUGAGUUUCCCGCAGUGACAAUUUGUAACUUCAACAUGUUCAGGAAAAGUUAUAUUAAUGGUCUAGGCCAUGACUAUGUUGACUACAUUCACAAACUUCAUUCGGGCGAGCAUGGCGUUUCAUUCGAUAAAGUCAACCACAUAAAUAUGACGGCAUUUUACCUGGCGGCUGGGCAUCAGAAAAAGGACAUGGUCAAGCUAUGUGAGUGGCAGGGCCAGCAAUGCUCAGCCGAUGACUUCGAAUCCAGUCUGACAGAUUUCGGCCUCUGUCAUACUUUCAACUCCGCAUUAAAUACUCCGAAAGUCGUCUACAACAAGGGUGCAAGGUUUGGUCUGCGACUUCAGCUUGAUCUUGAAGUUGACGAGUAUAUGGUAGGGCCUCGUACGUCAGUCGGCUUUAAAGUACUACUACACCAUCAACUGGACAUUCCGAGGGGACUUGCGAACGACCUCGGUUUUGUGGUCGGGCCUGGCACGUACAAUGUGGCCGAAGUUCACGUUUCCAAGAUUUACAACUUGGAAGCCCCAUUUGGAGACUGUGGUAAUAGAACGCUCGACCACGUGACGCCUUAUUCUAUUAUGGGAUGUUACCUGGACUGCCAGACAACAUUUAUCACAGAAAAUUGCAAAUGCAAGGACGCGUUUAUGCCAGGGGAUUUUCCGGUUUGUUCACCAUCGCAAGAGUACGUUUGCUCCAAACCCAUGAUGGACGAAUACGUUGAACAGGUUGACCGUCAUUGCUCCUGUCCCGUGCCGUGUACCAGGCACUUGUACGUCCCCAGGGUAUCAUCAAGUGCCUUCCCGGCACCCCCAUAUUAUGAGACACACAUUCAACGACAAUACAACAUGUCAAGUGAAGAUUUUGCGAAAAGAAGCCUCCUAGAACUCGUGACGUAUUUUGAAGAUCUUAAGUUCACAGAAACAACACAAAAAGCAGCGUAUAAAUGGUACAAUCUGCUAGCGGACAUUGGUGGAUCGAUGGGAAUAUUCCUGGGCAUAAGUAUUUUGUCAGUUUUUGAAUUCAUAGACUACAUGUUCCGCCACUUUCAUGCAAGUACUGAAUAGGGCCUAUAUUUAGAUAGGCCCAUAUCGUGUGUGUGUGUAGAUGGGCGAACGUAUCUACAACAGCCAAUCAAUAUAAGGCUUACCAGCAAGAAUGUUGGGGAAAUGAAUUUCCGGCAAGAUACAGUAGACCAAGUCGAAGACGUAUACGACACAUGUUCGCAUACGUGCAAAGGACAAUUAUAAGCCAAGCCUAGCUAGGUGUAGAACGAGUUCAAGUUCAAGUUUCUCUUUAAUGUCACGUAAAAGUUCACAUGAAAUUCUCUUUCCAAGGUUAAGAAGCAGUACACCAUAUACACAAAUAUAAAUAGAUAAAAGUUGUUACAGUUGUUCACUAUAACGACUCCUUGUUGGGCACAAUAGAAUUUUCUUAACCGAGAGCUGCGCUUGGGACGGCAACGUACUCUACAGUCAGGCUCCGGAGGAAAAAAAAUUGUUGUACAAUAUAUGUUGUACAACUGAUUUUUUUCUAAGACAAAAACAUCAUAUUUGACGAAAAACUUAAAAACGGUUAAUGAUUUGAAUAUUUAAAAAAUAGGGGAAAAGUUGGGCGGGCUGGAACCUAGUGCUUCGUUAGAAAUCUUUAAAGAAUGCCAGACAAGACGUCUAUACCG